CAGCGGCGGUGCGAGCGGGACGCGGGCGGAGUGCGGCGCGCGGGGGUCCAGGCGGAGAGCCCGGGACGAUGGUGGAGCAGCUGGCGCACACGGAGAUCAACCGCCGGCGCAUCGCCGAGGUGGAGCGCUGCUUCGGGGCGUCGGGGCAGCCGCUGGCGCUGCCGGGCCGCGUGCUGCUGGGCGAGGGCGUGCUGACCAAGGAGUGCCGCAAGAGGGCCCAGCCGCGCGUCUUCUUCCUCUUCAGCGACAUCCUGGUCUACGGCAGCAUCGUGCUCAGCGGGCGCCGCUACCGCGCCCAGCGCGUCAUCCCGCUGGAGGAGGUGACGCUGGAGCCGCUGCCCGAGACGCGGCAGGCGCGGCACCGCUGGCUGAUCCGCACGGCCCGCAAGUCCUUCGUGGUGUCGGCCGCCUCGGCCUCGGAGCGCCAGGAGUGGAUGGGCCACAUCGAGGAGGGCGUGCGGCGGCAGCUGCGGGCCUCGGGCCGCGCGCCCAGCACGGAGCACGCGGCGCCCUGGGUGCCCGACAAGGCCACGGACAUCUGCAUGCGCUGCACGCACACCCGCUUCUCGGCGCUCACGCGGCGCCACCACUGCCGCCAGUGCGGCUUCGUGGUCUGCGGGGACUGCUCCCGCGCCCGCGUCCUGCUGCCGCGCCUGGCGCCCAAGCCCCAGCGUGUCUGCGGCCUCUGCUACCGCCAGCUGGCCGCCCAGAGGCGCCAGGGGGAGGGGGAGGGGGAGGGGGCGGAGGGAGGAGAGGGGGGCCCGGGCGCGGGGUCCCCUUCCGGGGCUGGGGCCGGCUGCGGGGUGUCCAGUGGGGAUGAGGACGAUGAUGACUCGGACGAGGACAAGGAGGGCGGCGGGGAGGGCGACUGGCCCAGCCGCGUCAGAUUCUACGACUCCGGGGUCUCCUGGUCCUCCUUCCACAGCUGACGGCGGCCGGUCGGGCCCCAGUCACUUCUGCAUCCGCGUGGACACCCUCCUCUCCUGAGGGUGCAGAGCCCCCGAAGCUGCCCGGCGCCCCCAGGACCCGUCCUGGGCUGGUGGGUGGCGGUGGGAGAGCCACGGGCCCUCCCGACCCCCAGACCCUCCUCUGCACAUGGGCAUCUGUCCGCUUUGGUUCUCUCUCCAGGUAGCAAACCCCACGCACAGGCCUCCUGGGCCGAAGGCCAUUGCUCAGCCCUGAGAGCUGUGCUGCCUGAGAGACAGGCCCCGGCGCCUCAUGGGACAGCGAGUCCUGCUUCUCAGAGGCCGUGAUCUGCAGCACAGGACCCGCAACCAGAACGCCCACAGGGACCAUGUGGCUCAGGAACCAGGCCUGCCCACGCCCCUGGCUGGUGCCCGCCUUCCCGUCAGCUGGGCUCUGUCGGGCGGUGCCCACCAGGCUGGGGCCGCAGCCUGAGCUCCGGGUGCAGGGCAGCCUGCCCAGGCUGCGCCUCGCACUGUCCCGGUGUUGGCGGUCCCCCAGGGAUCCCUCCUGUGGCCGGGGAAGCCCUGUUUCCUGUGGGGACUGACUUCUGGAACAGAAGCCUCACCAGGCUGACUCCUGAUAAAGAGGAAGCUCACGGCGGCUGUGAUCGAAAGGCCAGGUGUCCCCCGGGCUGUGCCCACCAGAGGCUGACCCUGUGCUGGGGUGGCAGUCCACCCUGCACCAGGCCAGGGACCAGGGCAGCCGUGGGCUCAGGGGUUCCCACCGGUCGGGGUGGUUGCCACGCACGCACCCGCCCGCCAGGGCCCCGGCACCUGCAGCGGGUCAUGUGCUGAGUCCCCGAGCGGCGGGCAGCCUGAGGCAGCAGGAGCCGCGCGUCCAGCUGGGCCCGGGCCCCCGCGGUGGGGCCUGUAGAUGGGGAGGCCCCGGUGCAGCGAGUGUGUGUGGGGUCAGCAGCCGGAUGCCCGCCUGGCCCCGGAGCCCUGGGCCCUUUCCGGCCGUCUCCGGUGGGUGCUUCUGCCGCCUGGCACUGUGGCAGGGCGGGCUCACUGCCAUCUGGAGGGGUGCCGUAGGGCCGGGAGAGGCAGGCGCGGUGCCCGAGACCCCACCAUCAGGUUCCCGUCCCUGCGAAACAAGGCCUCUCUGGCUGAGUCUCAAAGGUCCGCCUAGAGCAGCGGUUCUCAACCUUCCGGCCCUUUAAAUACAGUUCUUCAUGUGGUGACCCAACCAUAAAGUUAUUUUCCUUGCUACUUCAUCACUGUCAU